CUUGAAGUUAUCGAACGCAGCUCAAUUUGUAUCUUUCUUUUUUUUCAGGUUAUAUGUAAUUUCUGUAAAAGGAAGAAAAAGAAAAAAAUCUUUUUCUCAAAUUUUCAUAAUAAAAAGAUAGUAGAAAAUGAAUCCUCCUCAACCAACUCCAAGUGUUAAGGCUGAUGCAAUACAAAAACCCACAAAACCUCAAAGAGAAAAAAAGCCCUCCAAAAGCAAGCCCCUCAAUGACGAAAAGAUGGACAAUCCUACUUCAAAAGCAAGCACAAAUGAUAAACAAUUAACAGAAAAACAAUUAAGGAAACUUGAAUGGGAGAAGAAAUUGUCUGAACAAAAAGGAAAAGGUGAUAUUAAGGAUGGCCUGAGCCUGAGUAAGGCUGAAUUAAAAGCGAAACGUCGAGAGCAACAGGAAGCGCAAAGACAAGCUAAGGUUGAAAAAGAUGUCAAGGAGGUUAAAGAUAAACCUGUUGAAAACCCUAAAUCCCUCGAAAAAAAGCCUACACGAAUGUUACCUGGCGAGGCUAAAAAAUCGGACAAAAAAUCAACAGUAGAACCUAAAAUACUCAAAUCAAAACAUGUGCAACUAGUGCAGCACUUAUACAAAGAACCCAACCCUGAAUACUCUUCAAAGUUAGUAAACUUUAAAGAGAUCCAUCCAGUAUUUAUGAGAUUAGGUGUUCAGUAUUCGGAAAAGGUCAUUUUAGGCUCGAAUGCAAGAUGUUUAGCUUUAUUGGCUGGUAUUAGGACUCUGAUUAAUGAUAUACAAACACCUUCGAAACAGGAAUUUUGUAGAUAUUUGCAGGGAGUAUUACAGAAUUGCACAGACUAUUUACAGGAAUGCAGACCUCUAGCAGUAUCAAUGACAAAUGCCUUAAGAUCUUUCAAGCAACAACUCAGACAUAUAGAAACGAUUGAAACUGGUCUAAAUGACAACGAUAAGAGAACCAGAUUAAUUGAUGUCAUAGAUACUUACAUAAGAAACGAUAUGAGAAGAGCUUGGGAUGCUAUAUCUAUUAAGGUUAAUGCAAAAAUUGUUGAUGGCGAUAUUAUUUUAAUUUAUGGAUGCUCUUCUUUGGUAAGACAAAUACUCUUAGAAGCCAACAAGGACGGCAAAAAAUUCUCAGUCAUAAUCGUUGACAGCAGGCCUCUUUUAGAAGGUAGAGAAAUGCUUAGAAGACUGAUUAGUGCCGGAAUUAAAUGCAGCUAUGUUCUUAUUAAUGGGCUCAGUUGUGUAAUGAAGCAAGCGAGUAAAGUUUUAUUAGGUGCUCACGCUUUGCUGACCAAUGGAAGUGUCAUGUCCAGAAUAGGAACUGCCCAAGUUGCUUUAGUAGCACAAGCUUAUAAUAAACCUGUACUGGUUUGUUGUGAAACAUAUAAAUUUAGUGAACGUGUCCAAACUGAUUCAUUUGUUUUUAAUGAAAUAGGAGACUCCAACCUACUUCUGUCAGCAGAUACUUCAAGCAGCUCAAGUCCCUUGGUGUAUCAAAAAGAUAAUCCAAAAUUAAACAUAUUAAAUUUAUUAUAUGAUGUGACACCUCCAGAUUUAGUAACUGCUGUGGUUACAGAACUAGCGAUAUUACCUUGUACUAGUGUGCCCGUUGUACUGAGGAUAAAUGCUGGUGAAAGUAAUGUAUAGCAUCAGUUAUAACAAUUGCUUCACAUUAUUUUCGCCUAAUAUAUAUUUUUGUUGAUAAUAAAAUCAGGUUAAUGUUUUAUAUCCAGAAGAAAGAUUAAAUUAAUUUUUUUUAAAAAUU